UGUUGUUGAAUAAGACUGUUAUUGGUCAUCAUUGCAGAGUGUAAAUAAAAAGUGCGGACCAGAACUGCGAUAGAGCAAUUAUUUUGCUGUAUUUUGUGAUAACUGAAAAAAAAUGUCAGUAUUUAUCAAGCCGGAACCAGCAGAUCCGGAGGAACUUGGCCACGGUCAAGAAUCCAAAGGGAACAAACAUGAGUCACACCAAAGCUUUAACCUAUCCGAAUGUGACGCGAUCCUGGACACUGUUGACGUGGAAUGCUGGCAAAUGACCCCAAGUCGUGUCCCGUACACGGCCGACCAAAUACAGACACUGGAGAAGCGCUUUAAGAAAAAUCAGUUCUGCCAGAAGGAUGACCGCAUUGCAGUUGCUAACGCGGUUAAUCUCACUCCAAAACAGGUUAAAAUAUGGUUCCAGAAUCGUCGUGCCAAAGCUAAGCAAGUCAGUUCGGGAUGGAAAGAGCGAACCCAACCAAGCGAUUCCCAAGUCAUCAAGGUCCAGGCGAAACCCGUGGAACCCAAAUCCAUUCGGCACCGAACAGUUUUCACCAACACGCAGCAGAACAGCUUGGAGGAACUGUUUAAAACUAAAAAGUAUCUCAGUUUUGCAGAACGAUGUGAAAUUGCCAGCUCGCUAAAACUGAAUCCUUUGCAGGUUCAGGUUUGGUUCCAGAAUCGACGGGCCAGGUGGGUCAAAAGCAACAAAACGUUGACAAACUUUAAGGCAAAUGUCAAGACAGAAGAUGAACUGGCGGAUGUUCCGGAACAGAUCGUUAGUUUGAUUUCCCCAGAUUGUUAUCCAUUGGACUAGAGUGGGUACUCGAUGAAUAACCGUUGGAAGUUGUUAAAGUUUUUUUUAUAUAAGGUAAUCUUAAACACAUGUAAUGUCAAAUCAUAACUAAAUUAGAGCUGGUAGUUCCUGGGCCCAGA